AUGGCAUCUGACGAGAUUAUCUGGCAAAUCAUCAACCAGCAAUUCUGCUCCUUCAAGUUAAAAACGGACAAGAAGCAGAACUUUUGCCGCAACGAAUACAACGUUACCGGUCUCUGCAACCGUCAGUCAUGCCCUCUCGCCAACUCUCGCUACGCCACCGUGCGCAAGCACCCCACCAAGGCGACGCUGUACCUGUACAUCAAGACGGCGGAGCGCGCCCACAUGCCGUCCAAAUGGUGGGAGAAGAUCAAGCUGUCCAAUAACUACACCCGCGCCCUCGAGCAGAUUGACGAGCGACUGGCAUACUGGCCCAACUUUACGACACACAAAUGCAAGCAACGUCUCACACGGCUGACACAGGUGGCCAUUCGCAUGAGGAGGAUCGCUGCGCAAGAAGAGCGCCUGGGCGAGAAGCUCGUGCCCAAGCUGGCGCCCAAGGUGCGGCACAGGGAGGCUACGAGGGAGCGCAAGGCCGAGCGCGCGGCCAAGCUCGAGAAAACCAUUGAGAGGGAGCUGCUGGACCGCUUGCGACAGGGCGCGUACGGCGACCAGCCACUCAACGUUAGCGAGGACAUCUGGAAGAAAGUUCUCAAUGCCAUGGAGAAGGACGGCGAGGGUCAGCGCGACGAGGAUCUGGACGAGGGCAUUGACGAGGACGACGAGGACGAGCUCGACAGCGAGGUCGAUGACCCGGAGAAGGCGGUGCAGUACGUCUCGGACAUUGACGAGAGCGACGAGGAGCUGGAUGACUUCCAGGACUGGUUCGACGAGGAGGCGGACGAGGAUGCCGAGGAGGAUGAUGACGAGGAUGAGGAUAGCGAGGAUGAGUCGGCAAAAACCAGCCUCAAGCGCAAGAGGGCUCGCGCCGCCAAGGUGCCGGCCAAGAAGCUCAAGCAGGAGAAGCAGAAGGAGAAGCUGCCCGCUCUCACCAACGAUCUGGAUUGGUGA